AUGGUAACGAUUAGUCUUACUGGCUUAGAACUCACAUCUGUCUCCAUCCUUCCCAUGCAGGUGAAUCAGCGCAAUGUCCCAGGGAUCGAUAGUGCCUACCUGGCCAUGGAUACAGAGGAAGGUGUGGAAGUUGUUUGGAAUGAAGUUCAGUUUUCUGAGCGGAAGAACUUUAAGCUUCAGGAAGAAAAAGUUAAAGCAGUGUUUGACAACUUAAUUCAGCUGGAACAUCUGAACAUUGUGAAGUUUCACAAAUACUGGGCUGAUGUGAAGGAGAAUAAGGCCAGGGUCAUCUUCAUCACGGAAUAUAUGUCUUCAGGGAGCUUGAAACAGUUCCUGAAGAAGACAAAGAAAAACCACAAAACUAUGAAUGAAAAGGCCUGGAAGCGAUGGUGCACCCAGAUCCUCUCUGCUCUCAGCUACCUCCACUCCUGUGAUCCCCCAAUCAUCCAUGGUAACUUGACCUGUGACACCAUCUUCAUUCAGCACAACGGACUGAUUAAAAUUGGAUCAGUCUUUCAUAGGAUAUUUGCUAAUGUGGCACCGGACACAAUUAACAACCAUGUGAAGACCUGUCGUGAAGAGCAGAAGAACCUGCAUUUCUUUGCCCCGGAAUAUGGAGAAGUUGCCAACGUCACCACUGCUGUGGACAUUUACUCCUUUGGGAUGUGCGCACUGGAGAUGGCAGUGCUGGAGAUACAGGGUAAUGGAGAGUCAUCUUAUGUGCCCCAGGAGGCCAUUAACAGUGCCAUCCAGCUGCUGGAGGACCCCUUGCAGAGGGAGUUCAUUCAGAAGUGUCUAGAACAGGACCCCGGCAAGCGUCCUACUGCCCGGGAGCUCCUUUUUCAUCAGGCAUUGUUUGAGGUGCCAUCAUUAAAGCUACUGGCUGCUCACUGUAUCGUUGGACAUCAGCAUAUGAUUCCUGAAAAUGCUUUAGAAGAAAUGACCAAAAACCUUGAUAUGAGUGCAGUGUUGGCAGAGAUUAAUCAUGUGGACAGGGAAGGAGUCAAGAUGAU